CCUGCUCCUCACUCUCCUCUCUGUGUCGCCUCCAGCCACAGCAGAAGUGCAGCAUCCAUCAUGACCUCCACCUUCAUCUCCCGCUCUACACGCUCCUCGGCUGGCGGCGGCUCCAUGAUCGGCUACGGAGGAGGUGCAGGGUUCUCGUCCAUGAGGGCUGGCAGCGUGUAUGGAGGGGCUGGAGGCUCAGGGGUCCGCAUCUCCUCUGCCGCUUCCCUGGGUGGAGGUUUCUCCUCCAUGGGUGGUGGUGGAGGUUUUGGUUUCUCCUCCAUGGGUGGUGGUGGAGGUUUCUCCUCCAUGGGUGGUGGUGGUGGAGGAGGAGGCUUCUCCUCCCAGAUGAGCUUCAGCUCCUCUGGAAUGGAGGACAGCUUGGUGGGGAAUGAGAAGUUCACCAUGCAGAACCUGAACGACCGCCUUGCCACCUACCUGGAGAAGGUGCGCAAGCUGGAGAAGGCCAAUGCUGAGCUGGAGCAGAAGAUCAAGGGGUUUGUGGAGAGCAAGGUGGGGCCCUCCACCCGGGACCACAGUGGCUCCUUCACCUCCAUCAGCGAGAUCACAGAGAAGAUCCAGGAGGCUCUCCGAGUGAACGGCGCUGUCCACCUGAGCAUUGACAACGCUCGCUUGGCUGCAGAAGACUUCAGGACCAAGUACGAGAACGAGCUGGCCAUGCGUCAGUCGGUGGAGGCUGACAUAGCCGGGUUAAGGAGGCUCCUGGACGAGCUGACACUGUCCAAGUCGGACCUGGAGAUGCAGAUUGAGGGUCUGAAAGAAGAGCUGAUCUACCUGAAGAAGAACCAUGAGGAGGAGCUAACUGCCACACGCACCCAGAUGAGCGGCCAGGUCCACGUGGAGGUGGACGCCGCCCCGGCUCAGGACCUCACUGUGGUCAUGGAGGAGAUCAGGGAGCACUACGAGGCCGUCGCCGCCAAGAGCAAAAAAGAGCUGGAGGCCUGGUUCCAGACCAAGAAGGAGACCCUGAACAAAGAGGUCGUCGCCCAGACGGUGACGCUGCAGGAGACCAAGAGCGAAGUGACGGAUGUGAAACGAACGCAGCAGUCUCUGGAGAUGGAGCUGCAGACCGCACUGGGCAUGAAAGCAUCUCUGGAGGCGACCCUUGCUGAUACUCAGAGCAGAUACGGCUUGCUGCUGUCUGGGUUCCAGAACCGGGUGUCGUCCAUGGAGGAGCAGCUGGUGAUGGUGAGGGCAGACACCGAGCGGCAGUCCCAGGAGUACCAGAUGCUGCUGGACCUGAAGACCCAGCUGGAGAUGGAGAUCGCUGAGUACAGACGGCUGCUGGAAGGAGAGGGAGGCGGCAGGUGCUCCUCCUCCUCCUCCUCCUCCACGACCCGGCGAGUGGUGACCGUGGUGGAGGAGACCAUCGAUGGGAAGGUGGUCUCCUCCUCGUCCACCUCCUCCUCUUUGACUAAGUGAUGCAGCCAAUCAGCGUCUGUUCGAAUAAAAUGAGAGUCCACCACA